AUGGAAGAUCGAACACUUAGAAGGGAGGCAAGAGUAAGAGGACUGGGUCAACGAAGUAUUCGCUCUUCAGUUACUUUGAAGAUAAACUCUCCCAAAGGAGGAAGGAUGUUACAACAGUUGCAAUCAGCAUUUGUGAAACCAGACGAUUUGAACUUACCACGAACAAGGAGGCGAUCUACUUUGAGCAAUAACACUUCUUUAGAUCUUGCUGAAGCUAGAAUUGAAAUUGAUCAUAAUAGACUUGAUCCAAGUAUAGAAGAACAUGAAGAAGAACUAGAGGACGAACAGGAAGAUGAUGAUUAUAAAGUGGAAGAUGAGGACGAUGAAGAAGAAGAGGAAGAAGCAGUAUCAAUGCGUCACUUUAAACCAGCAACUGGAACCAAAUCCAGUUCACUCCUUAAAACCCUACCUAUUGGUGGAUUGCUUUCGAAGUUAUCAAGGUCUCAAGAAAGAGUCACCAAUGAUAUAGAGCAAGCCCGGAAAAAGGUCAAUUCACGACAGAAACAAUUUAAUGUUGAUAAGGUAAAAGAUGAUUCCAGAAAGAAAACAAGAGAUGCAGGUUCUAAACGAACAAGGAAAAGAGUAGAGGAAGAGGAACAUUCAGCUCCAAAGAAAAGAAAGCAAAUUAUUAGUGGACGCCAAGCCACUGUUCAAACACGUAAUUUGAGAAGACGUAGUAAACUGAACAAUGAAUAUGAAGAAGAACCACUUAUAGAAACGUCAUCACAAUCUCUAGUUCCAAUAGGUACCAUGACAUCGAGAAGUGUUCGUUCUCAGCGAACUAUAAAUCCAGUUAGUUCAAAUUCAGAAACUUCUGAAUCAGAAGAUGACACCCAUGACCGAAACUAUCUGGAUACGGAUGCUUCCUCUCCACCUGCACCCACACCGACUGGUAAACCCGUCCCUUUAUCCCAAACCAAACAUUCGCGUACCCAGAAACCACUUACUGUCGAUUUUCAACGACUUGAAGAUUCCAAGAGGCGGCUUGCCCCUAAUAAACGAUUUCGAGUGCAUACAAUUGACGUAUUGCGUCAUUUGUUCAAGCUUCAUGAACCUCGACCCACUUCUGAAGCAUUGGACGAAGAUAUGUUACAUAGUGGAUUUAAAAGAGUGGCGAUGUUGCAUUUGGAUAAAAUGCGAGAUUUAUACGCUGUUGUUGAUGAUCUUUCAUUGGAGAUUGCCAAUGUCCAACGAAAAAAGAACCAAUAUCGUCAGAUGAUUUUGGAUUUGAAAAAAGAACAUACUAAUGUUGGAAAUGAGAUGAAUAGGUUGAGGAUUGGAGCAAGAAAGACUAUAGAGGAAGCUGAAGAAGUAAAUCUUAUUCACAGUCAAUUAAGUACAUUGAAGCAAGCAGAAACUGAUCCUGGUGAUUCAAUAUCGUGCGAUUCUGAAGUAAAUUUAACAUUGAAUCGAUUAUCCCGUGUAGUUAAUCCAGAGAUGGGGAUACUUCCUAAAUUAAAAUGUGUUAGCAACAAGCUUACGAAGAUGAAUGAAAAAUUAUAG